AUGGAGCCUAUCAUUGCUCUCCGUGUUUCCAAAACUUUGGUUGGACUCAUCGGGAUAUUUGGCAACGGACUCGUCUGCAUUGUUAUCUUCUUGGUCAAGUCCAUGCACACUACAACCAACAUGUUCAUCUUCAACCAGGCGGUCAUGGACUUUCUCGGUUGUUUGUUGCUUCUUCUGAGCAGCAACGUCCCCGUACCAGACCCCUUACCUCCAGGGUUGGCCGGUACUUUGUUGUGCCACCUCUGGAUCUCCGACUCCAUCGUCUGGCUCCUGUACUCAGCGUCCACAAUCAACCUAGCGAUGCUGACUUUCGAACGGUACUUUGCCAUCGUGUUUCCCUUUAAAUAUGGGCCACUCUUCUGCUAUAAGAAGUCCGUGCCGGUGUGUAUGCUCAUCUUCGCCUGGUUGAUGGGUUUCUUGGUGGCGGUUUACGGUAGCGCCAUCUUCGCCCCCGUUGACGACCACUGCGUCUCCGUGAACAUCCCUGGUGGUAACGUACUCGGCAUACUCAUCAUUGGUAUAUACUACUUCAUCCCUAUUCUGUUCAUGAUCUUCGCCUACAUCCACAUCAGCAUUGAGUUGAAACGAAGCUCAAAUCGUGUGGUCCCCGUGAUGGGGCGCACGGCCGCCGAUGACAGGAGCGAUGCGCCCGCAGCCCAGCAACAAGAUGAUCCCAUCAAGCGUGCCCGCAGCAACACAUACAAGACCCUGUUGGUUGUCGUUGGGGCCUACAUCAUCUGUUGGACUCCGAACGAGAUCAUCUUUCUGCUCUUCAAUCUGGGCUGGCUUUACCUGGAUUUCUCUGGUGCCCUCUACAUCGUAUCCGUGGCUCUUGUUGCGAUCAACUCCUGCAUCAAUCCAGUCAUCUACGCAUUUAAGUACAAACAGUUUCAAAAGGCAGUGAUGCAGGUAUUUUUCAGACGAAGACCAACCGAGAACUCAGUUGCAACCGUGGAAACAGGACUGCGAGGAUGA